AGGAGGCUCUAAGGUAAUAAAAAGCAGCCCUGCAUGGACUCUGGUGGGAGCUGGAUCUGGGAAUCCCCUCUGCUUUCCCACAGCAGCCUGUAAUUUGUGGUCCUCAGACACUAAGGGAGCUCAGCCCAGCAGAGCCAAGUAGGAACAGACAUUCAAAACAAUGUUAUUAACAAACAGCUAUGUUAUUUUACAGAGGCACAAGAUGCGGUUGUUGGUUGCAGUCCUGUUUUUGAUGCAAGCAGCUGCAAACUCAGACCAUUGCACCACGAGUCCAUUGAGUGUAAAUCCUGAGACCUUCAUGAAUGUUAGCCAAAUGAUCUGCUAUAGAAUGUACCCCAGCGAGGAGUAUGAAAUCCUGACUCGUGAUGGUUACUAUGUCAGACUGAACAGAAUUCCUCAUGGGAGAGAAUAUCCUAGGAACACAGGCUCCAGACCUGUUGUGUUUCUUCAGCAUGGGCUAUUUGGUGACAGCAGCAACUGGGUUGAAAAUCUAGCUAACAACAGCCUUGGCUUCAUACUAGCAGACUCUGGUUAUGAUGUGUGGCUGGGGAACAGUCGAGGAACACUCUGUUCUCGAAGACACCAGCAUCUUUCCCCUGACCAGGCUGAGUUCUGGGAUUUCAGCUUCCACGAAAUGGCUAUGUAUGACCUCCCAGCAAUGAUCAACUUUGUCCUGCAGAAGACUGGCCAGAAGCAGCUGUACUAUGUGGGCUACUCUCAGGGUGCCACUAUCGCAUUCAUCGCAUUUUCAUCCAUGCCUGAACUGGCUCAGAAAAUCAAAUUUUUUUUUGCCCUGGCUCCUGUAGUGACAAUGAAACACGCCAAAUGUCCUCUACUGAAAAUGUCAUUCCUUUCCACCGGAAAGCCUGAUAUGCUCCAGAUCCUACUGGGCAAGACAGAUGCCUCGCUGAGGAUGAGGAAGCUGUGGAGAUUUCUUCCCAACCAGUGCAGGCACCCUCUCCUGCACAAGCUCUGUGCCAGCCUAUUUUUCCUGCUGGGUGGCUUCAAUGAGAAGAACCUCAAUAUGACCCGGCUGGAUGUGUACACAGCCCACUAUCCUGAUGGCACAUCUGUCAAAAACAUCAUCCACUGGGCCCAGGUGAGGACAUCAGGAGAGUUUAAAGCUUUCGACUAUGGCAGCAAAAACCAAGCUAUUUACAAUCAGGAGAAGCCUCCCUACUACCAGCUGGAGAUGUCAGUGCCCACAGCAGUGUGGUCAGGGGGUGAGGAUUGGGUAGCAGAUCAGAGGGACGUUCAGCUGCUGCUGCCACGCAUUGCCCGCCUCAUCUCCUACGUGCACAUCACGGAUUGGAACCACUGGGACUUCAUCUGGGGCCUGGACGGGCCCGGGCGCCUCUACAGCCGCAUUGUGGAUAUGGUUAAAGGGUCCCAGUAGGGCAAGGCACAGCAGGAAAACGUGCA